AUGAGCAGAGCGGUCUCCCAACCAGGCGCGACCUCUACUCGGUCAACAGCACCAGUGCCGGCCACUGGUGGAAUCGGUAGGUCCUCUAGUAUCCGUAAGAUGGCGCGCGCAGUUUCGAGCGCCGUCGGCAGUCUGAUGGGUACUAAUAACACUGUAGCUCAGACACCUCGCGAGACCAUUGGCCAGCUCGUCAAGGAGCAGGAGGAAGCGUACAAGAAGCAGGGCUUGCACGAGUAUGCCUAUGUAAAGCCACUGACGAAGUCUUCCGAGGGCGAACUCGCCGUGCACAGAUCCGUUUCGACUGGAAAGCAAUACGUUGUAAAGCAUACCUUCGCAUUCAGAAUCCCAGGAUCCCGGCACCGCGAGCCAGUCGUACGCCCCUAUCCGAACGAAUCAUGGGUCCUCCACAACCUGGUCCUGCCGCAUCCGAACAUCGUUCAAAUCUACGAGACCACCAGAGACCGAGAUGAAUCCGGUCGAUUCAAGAUCUGGAUGGAAAUGGCUGACGGCGGAGACCUACACGAUCAGCUCAACUUCUGGUACGUCAAGAAGCGUUCCUGGGCACCCGAAGUAUUUCUGCUCCAUGUGAUCGUCGAGAUGAUGCAAGCACUCGCGUACCUCCACCACGGCCUUCGUGGGACAGCCAACGGCAAAUGGACUCAGGAUGAGGUGUACAACUCGGUGAUCCACGGCGACAUCAAACUGGAGAACGUCUUGCUGCGCUGGACGGAGAUCCCCAUCGGUGGCCUGCCAGACAUCGUCUUGGGUGACUUCGGAGCUGCUCGACUUGCCGGGGACACUGAGACCGAUCUCCUUCCUGGGACAACCUGCUUCCACGCACCGGAAGAUCGAGCCAUUACCGGUGGUCAGCGCCACACCAAGGAAACGGAGGAGCUCUAUGUGAAAGCUUCUGCAAACCGAACCAUCGCAGCCGAUAUGUACAGCUUUGGCCAGAUUGUGUACAUGCUCGCUUCCAAAGAAUUUGUCCCACGGGAGAUUGGAAAGGACCCAUCGGACAUUAGAUUGUGCAGAGACUUUGACAUGCCGGAAGUUCGCGAACUCAUUGUCCGCUGCUUGGCCGUUGAUCCGAAUGAGCGCGCGCAGGCCUCCUUCGACGAGACUGUCGGCAUUCUACCACUUGUGGAAAGGGUUCGGAAAGCUAGGGACGAACGCAUUCGGACUCGCUUUCCUCUGGACUCUCUGGAGUGGAAGAAUCCACCACCUCGACGUAUGCGCCGGUUUCGGCAUACGGCUAGACUGUCGCUCCAUGAUGAUUAG